AUGGGGACCUUCCUGGUGAGACUCGAAUGUGUCCUGUGCCUAUCUUCAGCCUUAUCAGUGAUGGAGCAGUUCAGCCGUGACCAUUUACCCAGGAUUAAUCAAACUCUCCUGACACCCUCCUACCUGAAGAGCCGCAGGGUGGGUCUACAAGUUGAAGGCUCAAACUUCACGCUAGAAGGCUGCCCAUUCCUGAUCUUAGCAGGCACUAUCCACUACUUCCGGGUGCCCAGGGAGUACUGGAGGGACCGCCUGCUGAAGCUGAAGGCCUGUGGCUUCAACACUGUCACCACAUGAGUGCUGCAUGUUCCCUGGAACCUCCAUGAGCUGAUAGUAGGCCAAUUUCAUUUCACUGGAAACCUGGAUUUCAUGGCUUUUGUAUCUAUGGCUUCAGAGGUGGGGCUUUGGGUCACUGUGUGUCCUGGCCCCUACAUCAGGAGUGACUUGGACCUUGGAGGCCUGCCCAGCUGGUUACUCUGGGACCCAAACAUGAGGCUGUGGACAGCUUACAAGGGCUUCCAGAGAGCAGUGAAUCGCUAUUUUGAUCAGCUGAUUCCCAAGAUCGAGUUCCUCCAGGUAGAACCCAUCUCUGUGACAAAGGGAAGUCAGUGCCUGAGCUGGUUUGUACAGAGGGCUUACCGCUGCUGUGGGCUUAGAAGUAGUAAGCACAUCGCACUGGAGAUGAGAGAGAUCAAGGUACGGCUCGUGACUGCAGAUAAAGGACUAGAACUGAGAAAAGGCCACUUGAAAAAUGUGCUGGCCACUAUCCACCUGAAGGAUGUAAAGAAGAAAACUUAUGAAGACCUGAGAAAGCUAGAGGGUCCUAGCCCUGUACUGAUGAUGGUGUACACAGCGAGUGAUUUUGACACGUGGGGUAUGACCCGCUGCAGUCUCGAUGAACACAUGCUAAUGAAGGAUGUACAUGAGAUGUUCAAGCUUAGAUUCUCCCUCAACUUCUACAUGUUCCAUGGUGGUACCAACUUUGGCUUCAUGGGUGGAGCUGAGUCUUUGGAUGUUAACCUCCCUGCAGUUACCAGCUAUGACUAUGGGACACUGCUGACAGAGGAUGGAAACUACACGCCUGAGUAUCUCAUAUUUCAAGAGUUUUUUCACUCUGUUUCAGAGUUUCCCACAGCCUUACCACCAGAACAUAUGUCGAAGGUUGUCUACAACUCAGUGAUGAAAUUCCACUUCAUGUCCCUAUGGGAAAUCCUGCCCUACCUGGACCAGCCAAUCACCUCUGACAAGCCAGUCUCCAUGGAGCAACUGUCUGUGAAUGACGGGAGUGGUCAGUCCUUCAGCUACACACUUUAUGAGACUUCCAUCAUCAAAGGAGGCCUCCUUACCUCAAGGGGCCAUGUUCAAGAUUGGGGGCAGGUGUUUUUAAAUGAGAAGUAUAUUGGAGUCCUGGAUCAUUCCACUGAUGAGCUGUAUAUUAAGAGAAAUGUCCACAGGGGCAUCCACAUCCUGAGGAUCCUGGUGGAGAAUCAAGGCUGACUUGCCUAUGAGCCUGAUAUCAGCAAGGAGAGAAAAGGUUUAACUGGGGAUAUCUAUCUGGACAGUUCUCCAUUAAGAAAAUUUGUAAUCUACAGCCUGGAGAUGAAAACUGCAUUCAUGCAAAGGAAACUUCCUGACCUCUGGAAAUCAGUCACAAAAGAAGUUCAGGGUCCUGCCUUUUUCCUUGCUUUCUUCAGAGUUGGUGAUGUUCCCCAACACACCUUCAUAAAACUAGAGGGCUGGAAGAAAGGAGUCAUAUUUAUCAAUGGAAGAAACAUAGGAUGCUACUGGGAUGUAGGUCCCCAGAAAACCCUCUACCUUCCAGGACCCUGGCUUCAUCCUGGAUCAAAUGAGGUGAAAACUCUGCUUCAUGGAAACUCUGCAGCCAAUUGUGCCUUCUUUCCACCAUUGGCACCUGAUUUACAGUCCCUGUUGAUUCCCUCAUCUACUCCUGGUCCUCCUGUGCAUGGCUGCCCUUUUGAGUCAUAGCAAAGAGCAGCAAGGGCUGUCUAAGCCCCUAGGCGAAUCCACCUGGUGGCCCAGCAUGGGUAGGCAGAGGGGUGAAGGAAGGGGUUCUAAUUUUUCAAGCCACUGCAAAUUCCAGUGUGGUGUGGACAGGCCCUGGGUUAGCAGACAGGCUGUCAGGAGGAUCUGGAAGAGUGGGCCACCACAGAUGUGCAUUGGCAUCACACUGAGGGCUGCAGAGGAAUUACCAAGCUAAGACCAAAGGGAAUCGUACCUCAGAGGCUCCGAGAACUCCAUUGAGAGCCAGGGCCAGGCUAGCUGCACAGGGAACUCUGACCCCAGUCAGCCCAGAGUCAAGACCUUGUGUGCACCCCUUGGAUCUUUUGGUUUUAAUUAAAAUUUCAAAAAAAUUUUUUUCGUACAAGUUGUAGUACAUAAUGAUUACAUUCUUUACGGAGGACUGGUACAUGUACAUAAUAUAUCUUAAUUCUUUUUAUUUCCCCUUCCCCUGUCUCUUGCAUCCAUACAUAUUGACAGCCUGUGUGGUUAGGAAGUCAUUCAAAGAAGUUGGGAGCUACUUAUUCAGGUUUUUCUGCCACUGCCUUACUUCACCUCCCCUUCUCUUAUCUGCAGCCCACCAAAGAGUAAGCAACACAAAUCCCAUGGAUUGGAUCAGAAUGAGGCAGAGGUCUGGUACCAUCCUGUAUUCUCCUGAGGGCUUUACUAUGGGGAGAAUGAGAGUAUUGCAAGGGGACUGACAAGGCCAGAGAGGGCCAUAUUUGAGAAACUUAUCUAUGAGAGGCUGGAGGACUUGGAUACUGCUUUUAGAUGGGAAAUCAGCUGGGGUCUUUUAGUUGUGUGACUACUGGCAUAGCUGAAUUUGCCCUACCAGGUAUUCCAUUGUAGCAUGCAGCAGGAUCCACCUGUUGGCUAAUUUGGUCAGGGAGACCUGGUAUAGUCUCAACAGGUAAAGUCUGUUUUGGCCUUAGCUGGAAUCUGAGAACUGCCCCCAAGUUUUGCUAGCAAAUCUCUGCCUAGCAAGGGAGUAGGAUACUGUGGGACAAUUACAAACUCAUGGUUAAACACUGGCCAUCAAAGUGACACAUCAGAGAAGGGGUAAAGAAUCUCUGAUUAGGGGUCCCGUAAAGCCCAAUUAUGGCUAUAGACCUAGAGGCAGGUUUCCCAAGAAGGAAGUCAAAAUUUAGUGGGCUGCCCCUGUGUCAGUAAGCAGUUGAACUGGCUCACCCUUGAUAUCUCAGAUUACCCAGGGCUCCUCAGAAAAGACCUCAAUGUCUGUGUAAGGAGCGUUGCAGGUUGUUGGAGCAGUUGUAGAAGCAGGAAAUGAGGGUUCUGGCUGGCCCACCCCCUCUCUAUGAACAGGUACAGUCAGACUUCCAGUGCCACGAGACAGGCACAUCAGCUGCCUCACAUUCAGAGCAGGGCCCAGGCAGAGGCUUGGUGCAGUCUCUUGCACCCAGUCUUCUUACACUUGAAACAGGACCCCUUUCCUCAGUUGUCCCUGGGUUUUUCCUUUAGAUGACCUGGCUGAGUUUA